AUGUCUAAUAAACAACUGGUAAAGCCAAAAACAGAGACAAAGACAGAGAUAACCACCGAGCAGUCUCAAAAAUUGCUCCAAACAAUGCUAACAAUGUCUUUUGGCUGCUUAGCCUUCCUUAGGGGUUUGUUUCCCGACGAUAUAUUUGUUGACCAACGAUUCGUACCAGAGAAAGUUGAAAAAAACUACAAUAAGCAAGCCACGUCUCAAAACAACUCUAUCAAAAUCAAGACAUUAAUUAGGGGCAAAUCAACUCAAGCGGACUUGUUACUAGAUUGGUUGGAGAAGGGCGUUUUCAAAUCAAUUCGUUUAAAGUGUUUAAAAGCCCUCUCACUAGGCAUAUUUUUAGAAGAUCCCACCGAUCUCUUAGAAAAUUACAUUUUCAGCUUUGAUUAUGACGAAGCAAAUAAUGUUAAUAUCAAUGUGGAUUUGAGUGACAAUAAAAAAGGAAACAAGAACGCUGACGCGGAAAACGAAACAAUUUCUUUGUUAGAUUCAAGAAGGAUGGUUCAACAGUUAAUGAGACGAUUUAUAAUCAUUACCCAGUCCUUGGAACCUUUACCACAAAAAAAGUUCCUCACUAUGAGAUUGAUGUUUAAUGAUAAUGUCGAUGAAGAUUAUCAGCCGGAAUUAUUCAAAGACGCGACUUUUGACAAAAGAGCAACUUUAAGAGUCCCCACAAAUUUAGAAAAUGAUGCUUUUGAUGUUGGCACUUUGAAUACGAAACAUCAUAAGGUGGCUCUUUCUGUUUUGUCGGCGGCAACGUGUGCGACGGAAAAAGCUGGGAGCACGAAUUUUAUUAGAGUAGACCCCUUUGAUGUUAUUUUGCAGCAACAAGGGCAAAAUCAACAAGAAGAUUCUGUUCCUGCAAAGCCGCAGAAUUUUGUCACUAGUCAAACAACUAAUGUGCUUGGAAAUCUUCUAAACUCUUCACAAGCGAGUAUACAACCAACUCAGUUUGUUUCGAAUAACCCGGUCACGUCCCUUUGUAGUUGCGAAUGUGGAUUAGAAGUUCCCAAAGCAGCUACCGUUUUGAAGACUUGUAAAAGUUGCCGGAAAACAUUACACGGUAUCUGUUAUGGAAAUUUUCUACAUUCAUCAAUUGAAAAAUGCUUUUCUUGUAUUUUUGGUCCUUCCUUAGAUACCAAAUGGUCUAAAUUUCAAGAUCUUAUGAUGAUUAGAAAGGUUUUUAGGUUCCUGGUAAGGAAAAAGAAAGGUUUCCCAGCUUCUAUAACCGAACUAAUUGAUAGUUUCAUCAACACUGAAGAUCAGAAUAAUGAAGUAAAAGAAAGAGUUGCAUUCGCGCUAUAUGUGUUUUUCCUAGACCAAACAUUAUGCCGCGAUAAUGGGGGAAAACCUAGCCAAACCAUAAGGUACGUCACGAGCUCAGUGCUUGUUGAUAUAAAGGGAAUCGUAAUACCAAAUAGUAAAAAGCAACUGGACAUAAACCACGAAUAUAUAUGGCACUUUACUACGAGUUCCCCCAAAGCCAAAAGCUUUUAUCAAGAGGUUCUCCCCAACUCAAGAAAACAAGUCGAGUCAUGGUUGCAAGAUAUCAGUAACUUGAGAAAAGUGUAUGCUGAGGCUCUUUCUCCAUCUUCAACUCUACAAGAACUCGACCUUAAUUCAAGCUUACCAACGCAAGACCCAAUAAUUGCUGGCCAAAAGAGGAAACAUUAUAAUCUUGAUGAGUACUUACAGGAAGAUAAAAGCUCAGUUGUUAAUGAUACGAUAAAAGCAAAAGAUUUUGAUGAAAGCGUGCCAACAAAAAUUCGCAAAAUCAGUGUCUCUAAAAAAACUUUGAAAAGUAACUGGUAG